AUGGUGUGUGUAGCCCAGACGGAACAGCUCUCUCUUCAUCUCCGCUACGCGCUCCCUGCUCACGGCGCACUGCCUGGCAUUCCCCUCUCCAAACACGUCUCACCCGGGUCUUGUCUGUCGGCCCCCGCUCAGACGCACGCUCCGAGACGACUCCCCCCUCGGAAGAGACGCAGGAUCUCCAGCGCUGCUCACUCCUCGCUAAAAGAGUCUGAUGUGUCAAAGUUCCGCGCCUCCUCUUCUCCACUGGAGCGCGCAGCACGAAGCGGCAACUUAGUUAUUGAACCGCGGUGA